AUGGCCAUGGCUGCACUGAGCCCCUGUCCUUUACUAGUCCACAGCGCCUCAGGAACCGCACUCAUAGUCAUAGCCUGGAUCUUGUUUGUCCUGACCCUCUCCUAUGUGAAGGUGAUCAUUGGGGUGAUCCUUCGGGAUGAGGGCCACAGUGCCCUCUUGUGGUGUGGAGCGGUAGUGCAGCUUGGCUCCAUGCUGGGUGCGCUGUCCAUGUUUCCCUUGGUGCCCACCUCGUGGCCGGAGCAGGGUUGAGUGGAGUUCCGUGGGGCUGUGCUGUCCUACAGAGAGGGUCUGCCCAACGCCCUGGACGGGGUGAGCCUGGUGGUCCGGCCUGGGGAGAAGGUGGGGGUGGUGGGCCGGACGGGCUCAGGCAAGUCCACCCUGUUCCUGGCCCUCUUCCGUAUGUUGGAGCUGAACCAGGGUCAGAUCUUAGUGGACGGAGUGGACACCAGUCAGGUGGGACUGGCCCAGCUCAGGUCUAAACUGGCCAUCAUCCCCCGGGACCCGUUCCUGUUCAGCGGGACGAGGAGGGAGAACCUGGACCCAUGUGGACGUCACCCGGACCCCCGGCUACUGGAGGCCCUGGAACACUGUCACCUGAGUCCUGUCAUCAACCGCAUCGGUGGUCUUGGUGCUGAGGUUGGAGAGAGGGGCAAUUGUUUCUCUCUGGGACAGAGACAGCUGCUGUGUCUGGCCAGGGCUCUGCUGACUGAAGCUAAUAUUCUGUGUAUUGACGAAGCCACAGCCAGCGUUGACCAAAAGACUGACAAGCUGCUACAACAGACAAUCAGAGAGAAGUUUCAAGACAAGACCGUCCUCACCAUUGCCCAUAGGAUGAACACCAUCAUGGACUCAGACAGGGUGCUGGUGAUGCAUUCUGGGAAGGUGGUGGAGUUUGACACCCCUGCUGAUCUGUGCCAAAGAGACGACUCAUUUUCUGCAAGCUGGUUGGUGGGAGGGGAGAGUCCUGGUGUCCGCAGAGGGAGGAGCCUCUCUGAGGGGCUGAUGCUGGAGGAAUCAGAGAAAGGACGAUUGGUCGUCUCCAGCGUUGUCGAUGGCUCCUUGGCCAAUCAGGGGCUCAAAGAAGGAGAUGAAAUUGUGGGUGCCACAAUCAACUUCGACCAACUUUCGAAACACGAUGUGUUGAAAAUACUGAAGCUGAUGGAUGAUAGUGGAUUUGAUGAGAAGGUUCAAGUUCUGACCAAAAAUAAUUUGAGCAAGAGUAUGGGGACCUUGGACAGCAUCAAAGCCCCAGAGGAGGUUCUGGGGGAAGUGGCUCUCCUUACGGACAGGAAAGAGGCAAGGGACCGAGACAUCUCUGGGCCAAGCCUGAUGUCAGAGGAACAGACUCUACAGUACCCCUCGAUGCUCCUGGUGGAGGACUUUGGUUGCCUAAUGCCAACAUGA